AUGGCGUCCGCCUUCGAGCAGGUGGUGAAGAGCGUGGUGCAGGAGCUGGACCAGGGCCGGGAGCUGGUCCCCGUGGACAGCCUGCGGAGCUCCACCAGCUUCCAGCCCUACUGCCUGCUGGGCCGGAGGCCGCCCAGCUCCUGGUUCUGGGGGUCCCACUACAGGGGCAUUAACCUGUCCCUCAGAGACAUCCUGGAGCCCGGUGACCCCGAGCCAGACACCCAGCGCAUUGGCUGCUUCCAAUUCCAAGACGCGGUGGACGGGCAGCUGCAGGGCCACGUGGAGCUGUCGGCGGGCCCUGGGCAGGGCGGGUUCUCGGGCGGGGCCGCCAUGUCCGGCAGCUCCAGCGCCUCCAUGGACGUGUGCGGGCUGCAGGUGAACCCCAACAUCUGGGCAGACCUGCUCCGGGAAAGGCGCCUUCGGCAGCCGGAGCACAAGGUCCUGCAGCAGCUCCGCAGCCGCGGGGAGGACGUGUUUGUGGUGACGGAGGUGCUGCAGACGCAGAAGGAGGUGGAGGUCACUCGGACCCGCAGGCAGGAGGGCUCGGGCAGGUUUGCGGUGCCCGGAGCCACGUGCUUCCAGGGCCAGGGCCAGGGCCACCUGAGCCGGAAGAGGACCGUCACCAUCCCCAAGGGCAGCAUCCUCGCCUUCCAGGUGGCCCAGCUGGUUGUCGACGGGUCGAGCUGGGACAUCCUUCUCCAGCCUGACAGGAAGAGGAGGACCUUCCAGCCGCCCCAGAAAGCCCGGGGCACCUGGUGGGCUCCCCUUCUUCCUCCCGGGGUCCCCCAUGGGCUGGACGAGGACCGGCAGGCGCCCUCGGAGGGCUUCCCGGGGCUGCAGGCGGAGGUGCGGGCCUGGGCCCAGGACCUGGAGAGCAUGGCCAAGCCGCUGUGCCAGCAGCUGCUGGGCGCCCUGAGUCAGGUGCUGCGGGACGAGCAGGCCCUGGAAGCCCUGGAGGAGUCGCUGGAGCAGGGCCUGAGCUGCGGGCAGGUGGACACCCUGCAGGGUCCCUUCGGCAACAUCCUGGAGUGCCUGGUGCUCCGCUCCGGGGAGCUGGUGGAGGACCUGGCCAGGCCCCUCGCCUACCUGCUGGGAGCCCUGGCUGUGCUGAGCGAACCCCAGCACGUGCUGCUGGCCGAGGCACUGGAGACCGAGGCCCUGUCAGAGCCCUUCCAGCUGGUGGAGAGCCUUUUGAAGCAGACCACCCCGUGGCAGGAGUCCAUGGCCCUGUCCCUGCCCCCGGAGCUCGUGGGCAGCAGCUGGGGCCCGGAGGUGUCCACCUGGGCUCUGCUGGAGGAGUGCGGCCUAGAGCUGCAGGCGGACGCCCCCCAGGCGAGCUGGAGGCCCGAGGCCCAGGGCCCCACGUGCGCGCUCUACGCCUGCCUGGCCCUGCUGCUGAAGCUGAGCCAGCUCUGCUAG